AUGGUCAUAUUCUUCGAUAUCCUGGUGCUAGACGAUGAUGUUUGCUUGAAAAAGGCGCACCGGCAAAGAAGGCUUCUGCUAAAAGACGUAGUACAGCCUGUCCACGGACGCGCUGAUAUCUCAGAACAGCAAAUCCUAGACUUCUCCCGGCCUGACAGUCCGUCCCGGCUCGAAAGGAUAUUCGCAAAGGGCAUCGCACAACGAUGGGAGGGAUUCGUGCUAAAAGGAUGUGAAGAACCCUACUUCUCUAUCUUUCCCAGCGACACAAACGGCACCUUUGGUCGAUGGAUCAAGCUUAAAAAGGAUUACAUACCAGGACUGGGCGACACACUGGAUCUUGCACUGGUAGGUGCAAAAUACGAGCCUCGCGAUGCCACUGCGCUUAGUCGGAUCCCUAAGCUCCUGUGGACGCACUUUUUCAUCGGCUGUCUGCUUAAUAAAGGCGCCGUCUCGCAACAGAGGGCCACUCCACGAUUCAGGGUCGUUGAUGUUAUCGAUCAUCAUUGCAUGAGUUUGCGAAAUAUGCAGAUCUUAAAUCAAUUUGGCGAGUUCAUAGCCUGCGACCCAGCGUACAACCCUGACUUCAAGUUCGAAUACGAGAGAGCUAACCUCCCAACAAUGGGUGUAAUAUUCAAGACGCCUUUAGUUGUUGAAAUGCUGGGGAGCGGUUUCGAGAAGCCGUCUGGGGCUAGGUAUUUCGCACUGAGAUUUCCUCGAAUACUAAAGGUCCAUUGGGAUAGGACGUUCGAAGAUGCAACAUCGUUUCAGGAACUGCAGCAGGUGGCAGAGAAGGCCCGGUCAGUUACUGCGGAGGACGAUUCGUCCCAGGAGCAUUGGUGCAAACGUCUGAAGCUGGCGAACGGAGCGUGCCAGUAUAUCGACCGUGGAUCGCAAAGCACGUUAUUCGAGUCUACGUCGACGUCUGGAUUGGACGACGAAGAUUCUGUUGAAAGUACCAACACCAAUGCUAUGCUUCCUACUCCUCUGUGCACGCGCGACUCGUCAAGGGUUGAUCAAAUGGACACGGCAGUUACCGAGAAUCAGGAGAGCCCUAUUCCAAUACAUAUCGAUGAUACGGCUGGGACCCUUUUAUCUUCAAGCGAGUCUGGCUUCCACAGCCAUCCACUGACCGAGAACCCCAAUCAAUCAUCUUACCAAAAAGCGCGAGCACGAAAAGACAACGCACGCCCUGAUAACUUGGCAGCUUCUGUGCACAGCAGUGGUAAAGAAGGGAAUGGAACUAUAAAAAGACACGAUACAAAGGUCACAGCUGCUCCACGUCCCUUGGUAGCGAAUGUCGAUAGUCACUCUACAAACAAAAACGGAUACACUACCUCAACAUCGGCUUUGUCUACGACUAGAGAGCAGCAAUUAGACCUCAGAUCACCUAUCCUAACGCUCCCACAGUAUUCAUGCUCUUCUUCAUCCUCCCACGAAUACCACUCCAAACUCACAAAAGCAACUCACAGUCCAGACAACCUCUUUCAGGAAAUGACCUCCCAUCACAACUCGAAUCCACACACCACCCCCCAAAAUCAAUCUCUAGGCCUAGUGCUCCUGCCCCAAUCAUUCUCCCUGGGCCAGGAGAUCCUCAACAUCAUCAAGUCCCUUUCUCAAUCACUUAGAACCGUCCCCAAGUUCCCACCAACCGGAAAAGUCUUCUUCCUCGACUCAAAAGUCCUAACCUUGGGCAAUGGACCUGAAGACACCCGAUUCUGUCUACGUGCAACAUGGGAGAAUAUCAGUAAGGUGUACUUCUAUGCGUGCGUCUCGUGGAGUACCACUACAGCGGAACAGUCUCUACAUCGGCGCUCGCUUGCGAUUGUGGAUGAAAUUCCUUGUACUAAACCUGGAGAUGAUAUCGCCCCAGGUUCUGCUCCUAUGCUGGAUCAGAUGGAAAAGGUAGACAUCUCGGUUUGCUUUGAGAAAGACGAGUUGAACUGCUUGGGGAAGUUUGUCUCUAUUGAGCCGUUGAUGCACGUUAAUGGGCAAACAUAUAUAUCUUGA